AUGGCUGGCAGUGUUGACCCAAUGAGGUCUUUGGCCACACCGGAUGCGUUUCGCCAGCAAAUGCGGGAAGUGGAAAGAAUGGGGAGAAGGGAGGGAGACAAGUUACUCACUGAUCAAGCAGGAUAUCAGCUGUUUUCUCAACCUGAAAAACCACCGCCAGAGUUUCGUCUUAAAUCUCGUCCAAAUGUUGGUCAACUGCACAAGCUGAUGGCGAAAAAUGGAAUCGACUGGUUACGAUGGAAAACCGUACAUUUGGGGGCGUCUAAGGAGCCGAAACACGCCCUCUGCGCAGCAUCACCACUGUCUUCAGCCAACUUCGGCUCCAGUGCUCCGCCAUUCCUGCAGGGCACGGAUUCUGACCACGUAGCGGCGGGCAGAGUCCAUUCCUACAACAGCAUAGAUGGGAGAGAACUCCAGCAGUGGAACGGAAAUAGCUUGUCAUCUACACGAUGA